GCUACAUCAAUGACCUGAUUGUUUUCGUGCGAAUAUUAUCGUAGUGACGACAAUUCUACCACAACGUUCACCCAAAAGCCAAUUUGAAAGUAUCUUUCAUUAUGCCUGAGACGUCAGCUCCCGCGCCGCCUAGCACGGUCUCUAGGCCCGUGAGCGAGGCACUUUUGAACGAGAAAUGGGACCGCUGCAUCUCCAAUAUGCUCAUAAAAUCAACACUCGGCCUUGGAUUUGGCGUCGUCUUCUCAGUCCUCCUAUUCCGACGAAGAGCAUGGCCAGCAUUUGUGGGAGUGGGCUUCGGUGCCGGUAGAGCAUACGAGGAAUGCAACUGGAGCUUGAAACAGGCAUCACAAGAACUGAAGCGAAGGGCAUAAAAUGGAAGAAAACCCUAGCUCUUGAUGGAAAACCUCGGCGAAACGCAUCCCAUUUGUGAGCGUUAUUCUACCUGUACAACAGCAACGAUAGACGACUCGACCACCUCGAGAAGGGCAUAAUUGGAACAAGGUCAUUCACGAAAUCUCGCUUUUGCGUAUGCAUAAAGAGUAGUGGCGGGUUGAACGCCGUUCUCUGGGAUGCUCUGUACCUAUACCAAGCAUUCUAAAGAAAAAU